AUGGCGUCGGUUCGCAAAGGAGGUGCGUACUGGGAGCGGAGCCGGGCUUCGGAGCUGAUGGAGGCCGGGGGCCUUCCCGGGCAGGAGUCCUCAGAUCCGCUGAUCACUGCGGUGCCGCCGGACACCUCGGGCCUCUACGAAAAAGCCAAGAAGGGCACCGGGAACUUCUUGGCCCAGAAGAAGUACACUCAAGAGGAACGCUUCUUGCUCGCCUUUUCCACAAUGAGUCUCCGAGACCAAGAGAACUCGCGUGGUGCAGACCCGGGCUUCACGCAGGAGCUGGAGACCAUGCAGAGCCACGCCCGUGGCGAGGAAGGCCCGGUGCACCGGCCGGAGGUGCUGCGACAGUGGGGCAACGAGGGUUUCAAGGAGCUGGAGCAGCUGAAGAGGAAGUUUAUCCUUCCCUUCGCCUGCAGUCGAGGCGCCAGGGGCACCACCGCUUGGCAGUCGCCGGGACUCCUGUCCCAGAUCCAGGUGCCUGCUGAGCUCGUGGCAGAGGUGCAGAAGCCGCUGCAGGUGUCGCUGGAACAGCUGCAGCUGGAGGUGGACGACUAUGCCGAGAACGACUUCCCGCUGGAGUUGCUUUCGACACGCCUCAUGCCCAACAGUCGUGAAGGGGUGUCCGCAAGAGUCCUGCAACCAAAGCCGAGGCUCUUCUUUGAUGGCGUGCGCCGGCUGCUCUUCUCCCUCACGCGUCUGAUCGGCCUUUGUUCGCACUUGCUGUACUGGAAUGCCUUUGCGCACCUCCAUUCGUUCCCACUGCCAGAGUCCACGCGUCAAAGCCUGGUGCUGACCAUACAGGAAGCUUGGUCCAAGCUGGACGAGCUUGCCAAGAAUAAGCUCAGCAAAGCCGAUGCUCACGCCAGGGAGUUCUUUGUACCAGUCUUCCUCCUCUUCCUCAAAUGGGGCAUCGAGAAGGCACUUCUCUUGCAGUACCACAAGUUGCUGCGCGAUCCCGACUGCGGAGAAGAUGCAACGACGCAGCUCCUGGACCACAUCAAUGUAGCCGUGAUGUGCCUCUUCGACCCGGACUGUGUCGCGGCCAACUUCGGGACCUUAGACGGCUCCUCCGAGGCUGUCCGCCUCUGGAGAAAGCUGCACAUCAACCAGAUGAAGCACGGCCUGCCCAGGGACCAAGGGCAACGGAGUGCAUCGAUGUCGCCUCUCCCAUGUCUCGAACUCCGUGUGACUUCCGAUGACAUGUUUCAUGUGCAGAGACUGAACAUAAUCGCCGACAGGGCGUGGGAUGCUCGAGCUUUCGUAGAGCCAGGUAGGCAGGUUGACCUUGAGUUUUUGCGUAGGCUGUAG